GCAGAGCGCCCGAGACGAGGUUUCACGAGGCCCCUGAUAACACCACAAUUUCGUCCCGAUAAAAAUCCACAAUAAUCCACCGAAACCAUCGUCUCACUGACGUCUCGUCUAAAAUUAAAAAAAAAACUCUAGUCAAGUGUAUGGAGUAAAUGCGCAUUGUGUGUACAACACGAAGUGUCUCGAGUCCGGAAGUGAGAAAGAGAGUGAACAGAGGCCGUCAGUGGCGCAGCAUCCGAAGCGGUCCACAGCAUCCUAACACAAAGGGAGAACGAGCAAUUCAGGUUGAAGAGAGACAGGAAAUAUCCCCCGGUUGCCUGGCGACCAGCCAGCCAUCUAGUUCGAUCCCAGCCGGCCGAGGUAGCGGCCCGUGCACACCCUGAAGACCAUAUCCAACUAUAUAUACAUUUUUUUUACUCGUUUUCCUUGUGAAUUAAGGACUACUCCGAUCCAGUGAUUAUUCAUGAACAAAAUUUAUCAGACGCCCUGGAGGGGUGGGGGUAUAGUCUGAGAGUGAUUGGACCCGAUGGUGGUGUCCUGGGACUGACGAUAAUGACGAGAUUUUGAGAUAAACGAGUGGUUAAUUGACUAGUUGAGGUUUACAGUGAAAAAUAAGGAAUCAUGUUUCAGUGCAUUAUUCAACAGAGAAACGGCUGGAUCCAUCCCUCCAGUCCCGAGACCAAGGACGUAUUUCCAGAUAUAAGGCUGCAAUUGAACGAGCAGCUGAGAUGUCUGGACGUGAGAAUGGAGUCCCAGGUGGCACUGGUAGCUGAACUGCAGGACUUCUUCCGCAGAAGAGCAGAACUAGAGUUAGAUUACAGUAAAUCCUUGGAUAAAAUGGCCAGGAGUAUUCAGCUGAGGCACAAGGAACAAAAACAAAAGAGGGAGCAGUGGCCCUUAUUUUCGAGCUACGCUUGCUGGCAGCAGCUGGUGAAUGAAACAAAAUCACUCAGUAGAGAUCACGCCGCCCUCUCCGAGGUGUACAGUACCCACCUCGUUGGACGUCUUAAUCAAGUUAUGGAGGAUGUCCAGCGUAUCUACCGUCGUUGUCGUGAAAUAGGUUACGAAACACACGAAGAAAUUCUCAGGGUACUCCACGAAUUACACACAACAAUGAAAACUUAUCAGGCUUAUCAGGGUGAGUCGAGGCAGGCGGAGACUAAACUACGGGUUGCUGAGCAACAGAGGAGUAAACUCGAGGUCACAAAUGCACCACCUGAGAAGUUAGCUAGGAGUAAAAAAUACAAGCUCAUCGAGAAGGAAGUGAACAAGAGGAAGGCAAAGUACACAGAAGCAAAGCUCAAAGCCCUGAAGGCGCGAAAUGAGUAUAUUCUCUGUCUAGAAGCCUCAAACACCACGAUCCACAAGUAUUUCGUUGACGAUUUAUCAGACCUGAUCGAUUGCAUGGACUUUGGCUUUCACAAUUGCAUCGCUAGAGCUCUCCUGAUGCACUGCAGUGCAGAAGAUGGACGACAAAGAUCACUGCAAUCUGGUGCUGAACAAUUAGCAGCAUGUGUUGGCUCCCUAGACUCACGAGCUGAUAAACAGAGAUUCCUCGAGUCUCAUCAUGCCGCCUUCAUGAUUCCCAAAAAAUUUGAAUUCCAGUGCCAACGGGGUGACGAUGCACCUGAGCCUGAAUUACAAAAAAUUCUCCACAAUGAAAUGGAACAGAGACUGACGCAGUUACAACAGAGGGUUACAUCAUUGAGAACCGAGUCGGAGGAAGUUUGGAAGACACUUGAAACUGCUGAAACCAGUCUCCUUGAAAUGUUGACAGCUAAGGAUUACGAUUGCACUAGGUAUUUUGGUGACAAUGCUGUGCCAACUUCAAAGCCACCUGAGACUGUUCAGAUCAAAUUGCGUGCCGACAGACAGGAGACUGAGGACUUUUAUCUUAUGAAAUUCCGGGAGUACUUGUUGGGCACCUCUCGCAUAGCCCGACUGGAUGCAAAGCAGGACUACAUCCGGCAGUCGCUCCAGGACGGUUCAAAUGGCAGUCCUAAUCCGUCAAUUCCCUCGAAGCAGAAGCAAGCCCGAAGAAAGAGGAUCGGUCGCCUCCAGAUGAACGGUCAGCCAAAGCUCUUCGGUGGUUCCCUCGAGGAGUACCUCGAGACCAUGAACCAAGAGAUACCCUUGAUAGUAAAGAGCUGUGUCAGAGUGAUAAAUCUCUACGGUCUCCACCACCAGGGGAUUUUCCGUGUGUCGGGCUCCCAAGUUGAGAUAAAUAAUUUUCGCGAGUGGUUUGAACGCGGUGAGGAUCCAUUGGCCGACGUGACCGAUGCAUCAGACAUAAACAGUGUCGCUGGUGUUCUGAAACUUUACCUGAGAGAACUACGUGAGCCCCUCUUUCCCAUAAUAUAUUUUGAACAUCUCAUGGAACUUGCACAACUCGAAUCGAAACAGGAAUUUGUCAUCAAGAUGAAGGAACUAAUAUCGAGUUUAUCACGACCCGUUGUCAUUGUCAUGCGAUAUCUGUUUGCAUUUCUCAAUCAUCUGUCUGAAUUCUCGGAUGAGAAUAUGAUGGAUCCGUAUAAUUUAGCAAUAUGCUUUGGUCCAACACUUGUACCAGUGCCAGAGGAUAAGGAUCAAGUGCAGUAUCAAAAUCAAGUCAAUGAACUGAUUAAAAAUAUCAUAACAUUCUGCGAGGAAAUUUUUCCGGAUGACAUUGGUGGCAUUCAGUAUGAGAAGUACAUUAGCAGAGAGCCUGAUGAUGUAGAUGUGGGCGAUUCGCCGACUGAUCAGGUCCAAGAAGACAUGGACUCAGAAGUCUAUCCCUCUGAAGAUGAAUCAGAGAAUCUAGAGGCGACAGCCCAAUUUGACUUCAACGCACGAUCAGAGCGUGAGUUGAGUUUUAAAAAAGGUGACACUAUAACUCUCUACAUGCAAGUGAGUUACGACUGGUGGAGAGGCUCGGUGGGUGGACGAGAGGGUCUUAUCCCCGAUAAAUACAUUAUGCUAAAAAUAAAGGAUGAAGAGCGUGACAAAGACCUCUUGAAGUCCUCCAGCGAAGAGUCAAUGCGCAGACGUGCAUCGAGCUCAGCAGACAGUACCCUAUCAAGUAACAAUUCACCUUUGAUGGGACCAAGUAGUAAUCACAACAAUGCGUGGACUGCGACAAAUGCAACAGACACUGUAACGACUUCCGGGUCCUCUCAGCACGCCGAAGCCAUCCCCAACAAUACCAUUGUAUCAAUGGCAGUGGCGAAUACAGCGUGUACCUCGCAAACGCUCAUCAGUCGAGAGGCCUCAACCCAAUCAAAGCCCUCGACACCGAGUGACGAAAAAGUCUUCCCCGAGGACUGUGCCCUGGACGAGAACGGAAGUGUCAAUGAUUUCCUGGAUACCCUGUCAACCGGCAGUGACGAUAUUCCUCCGGAUCCCUCCAUCUCCCCCGAUCCACCCCGAGGAAUGUCCCGAAAGCAGCAGUGGAAGUCCCAAAGUGUCUUGGAAGGUACUCCAGCCCCCCAAGCCGACGAUACCCCCGAGACAAAGACAUUCUCAGCAAAUCGAGAAUUAUGGCAGAAGCGUGCAACAUCCCAGAGCAGUCUAGCCCCACCAGUUCCCCCAACUCCAAAGUCCUUCCGAGUUCUCCAAGAAUUUCGUGACAUGCGGCAAAAGCACACCCCAGACCUAGUGAUGGAUCUUCCCCUGACAUCCCAGGAUGAAAAUAAAAAAUCAUCGUCCACCACGAGUCUGAGCAGCUCAGACGACGAGACAUCAUCAGUCUAUCAGAAUCGUUCACCUGGUUCAAAUGGCCCUGAGUCACCAGAUAUGAGCACAGCAGCUGAGAGAUUUGCCAAGCAAAAUCAGUGUACAUUGAAGAAAAAUACAAAAACAUCAAAUGGAGGCAAUACAGAAAGAAUAAAAAGUCUUAUUGAUGAUGAGGAUCAGGCUGACAACAGUGAUAUUGUGAGAUCAGCGAGUAGCAGUGAGAUAUCAUCGACUGAUGUGCCAUUACGUUCCCCACUGCCACCAAGAUCGACACCCAUGAUAGCUGCUAAAUUCGCAGAUAUGAGACUGACUGGUGGCAGCCAGCAAGUGUCUUCCUUCAAACCACAGGUCAAGGUUAAACCUACCAUAUUGCGUAAGCCAGUUAUGCCUUUUCCACAUCCACACAUGAGCCCGGAAUUGGCGAGAAAAAUUGAAAAACAGGUGCAGAAUACAGAGCAGGCUAAUUAGACGUGAGAAUUAUUUGGAGAGGGAAUUUUUAUCGUGAAUUUUUUGGAGAUGGGGGAACGUUUUAUAAAAGAUUUGAGGAAAGAGAGCUUCCAAGACUCAUCUCCAACGGGGAAUCCCGCCCGUUUUAUUCCAAAAGAACCAUUGCCGAACUCUAUAGAGUUCCAGAACCUUUUAACAUUUCAGAAGCGAUAUAAAUUUUUAGCGCUAAAAAAUCUUUCACGAAAGUUCCAGCAUCUCCAGUAGAUUCCGGAAUAUCCAUCAAACACUCGAGUAAUUUAUUUUAUGUCUCGAGGCCUGAACACCCCGAUUACAAAAAAAUCGCGAUUUCAACCCUGAGGGCAUAAAAUAACGUAUGCAACACGACAGUAAAAGUAUUUGAUGUUUUAACGUCACAUUCGUCAGAAAAUACGUUUACUCCCUUGUCGCAUAGUAUACUAUUACAUUUAGCUAUCCAAUUUGGCUCUCGAUGUGGAAAGAUAAUGAAAUAUCGUAGGUAUUACAUUACAGGGAAUUUUUUAAUACAUAAAAUAAUUGUGUUAAUGCGUGACCAUAUUUUCGUAGAUUCUUUAAAUAUUUGAAGGUACAUUUGAGGAAUGUUUGUAACGAAAUUUUAUAGCGAAGUGAAAUGAUGAUAAAUUUCGAUGGAAUUCAUUUUAUAUGAGAGGUUUGUGCUUUCUACAGUCGAUCGACCAAUCCUGCAUGUAAUAAUUCUCCAGUAGUUAACUCUACCCCUUGAAUACCUUCAGACGAACGAAACUCAUCUUUCAAAAUAAAAAAUUGAAAAAAAAAAUUUCCCCUUCUCAACCAAAAUUUUCCAGUCUACGAAGAGUCUCGCUAGCAAUACCGAUGUAUACGCCCUCCCCUUCGAUAAAAAAACAAUUUCUUCUAGUCGUCAUGCAGUAAUAAACCUAUAAUCGCCUUCAAUGCACGUGAUUAUCCCGAAAGAAACGAUAAGAAUACGAAUGGUACAUCGAAUAAUGAAAAUGUAGAUAUAAUUACCUAGCAACGCGUUUUUCUAUGGAUGUAAUUUAUUUUUUAUCGCCACAUACAUCUCCCUAAAUGCCCCCCCUCCCAAAUAACCGAACAAUACGAUUGACUAUUGAAUAUAGAAUAGAAUGAUAGUCCAGAUCCGAGUGAUUUUUUUAAACGAUGCAACGAGAGAGAAACGAAUAGAAAAGAUGGUGCCGUUGUCAUUCGAUUGAUAUCAAUUGAGUGAUUGAGUUACGUCCCACAGACACUUUCUGAUAAUUUUAAUCCAAAAUGUUCGAUAUAAUUCAGUUCUUAAGUGUACAGCUUAAAAUCCAACGAUACCACUUAUGAUGAUUAAAUAAUCCGAUAAUGGGUGAUAGCCAAUUGGCAAAGUUAACUAUUGUUGAUUCUCGUUCGACGUUUCUCCCUGCUUUAUUCAUUCUAAUAGAGAGAUAACAUGAUAUUAAACGCUGAUUGUGUAUACUCAUGCCUUUCUGGUUGAAGGGAGUGAAGAUGUCGGAAAUUUGAACUGAAAACUGAACUCGUUAGUUUGCAAGUGAUGUUAAUUCCGCAAAUAUGACAAAUAAAACUCCUGACAUUUUUUAGAAAAUUUGCAGCUCGAAAAGAACCAGUUCUGAUAUUUAUUCGUAAGCUCAGUCGUGUCUGAAAUAUAUCUGAGAUAUAUUUGUGAAAUUAACGAAAAUGGAAACCAUUUAAGAACAAACUUUCCAAGAGAUCAAGGGACAUUUUACAGAAAGAUAAAGAGAUCCAAAAUUUUUCAUCAUCGAAAUAAUUUUCAUUCCCUUCAACUUCUUAACAUAGAGGAUUAUAUAACCGUAAUAUCAAUUUGAUAAUAAAAUAAGCUGAAGAUAAACUCAUAUAUAUUCUUUGAGAAUGUUUGUCCACGGGAUUGAUAAGAAUUUUGCAUAAUAAUGAUGCAGCGGUCCAUUAAAAAAAAAUACAAGCCACCCUGUUUUCCCACGAUUAUUCAGAUAUCCAAGAAAGAACGUAAUUAUACUGAAUUUUGUCGAGUGUGGAAAAUUUUUUUGAAGGCAUAACAUGUAACCCACCGCAAUGAAUAACAGUUAAAAUUAAUCUUAAUGAGUAAGCAUUAAUUAUGACUUAAUUAUAACGAAUUACAUGACGAUAAACCAAAGCAUAAGGACAAAGUAACUGAUGGAAUUCGUACGUGAGUUUAAUUAUUUCUUUCAUUAUUGAAACAAUGAAAUGCAUAUCCUAACGUAACCAGGACGAGCAAUUGAACUGCUGUUGGUUCAAUUGCUGAAGCGAAGCAAUUUUAUUAAAAUAAUUUCGAUCUCCAAAACUCCUGCCAAUAAAAUUCCCAUGUGUAGGUGCUCUAAUUCCCCAAUUUAUAGUAUUACUACAUCCAAUAAAUAUUCAAUUAAAUGAUAAUAAAAAUUGAUAAUCCCGUGUUAGUAAUAAAAACUUUGUCCUUAUCUCUAUUUGUAUAAAAAACUUUUUCUACUUUCUAUGAUAGUUAUUAAUGUAAUACGUAAAAAGAUAUCAUUUUUAUUGGAAAAUAUGGUUUAUGUAAAACCCUUGCAGAAUACUGAUUAAUUAGUUUAGAUUUAUUCCGGUGAAAAUUCUUUUAUGAAAGAAUGAAAAGUAUUCUUCAUAUAAAUGUUUCCAUAAAUGAGAUAAAAAAAAUAUCAGGU